CGCUUUGUUACUGUGGAAACCAAUGAGGGUGAUGAGCGUAGUAAAGCAGAUGGGCACCGUUAGGUUAGCUGCGCUGCUAAAGUCAAACCAAGAGUUCCGCCGCCAGGUUCUGGACACUUUAAACAGUAGCGGACAGGUUCUACGUCACCUUGAGCGGAGCAGCAUCUCAGUUGAACUAUAAUGGGAAGACAGACUGAGAUCAUAGAAGCUUCAGACCUUCCAGAGAAAGAAAAAACAAUGAAAGAAGAAACGGAGAGUGGAAGCGAGAGUGCGACAGAGGUAGAGGAGGAUGGCAGAGUUGCACAGAUCCCACUGCAUCGCUGGGUGAUGCACGGCUCAGUGAUGUUUGGACGAGAGUUCUGCUACGCGAUGGAAACAGCCCUGGUCACACCAGUGCUGCUUCAAAUAGGUCUUCCUGAGCAGUAUUACAGUUUAACCUGGUUCCUCAGUCCCAUCCUGGGCCUCCUCCUCACGCCUGUGAUUGGCUCAGCCAGUGACCGUUGUACUCUGCGCUGGGGCCGGAGAAGACCCUUCAUUCUGGCUUUGUGUGUAGGCGUACUAUUAGGAGUGGCGCUGUUUUUAAAUGGAUCACUGAUAGGCCUUUCACUUGGUGAUAGUCCAGACAGGCAGUCCAUCGGGAUUGUCCUCACUGUCAUUGGGGUGGUGGUGCUCGACUUCUGUGCUGAUGCCUCUGAGGGACCAAUCAGAGCUUAUCUUCUUGACGUUGCCGACACUGAAGAGCAAGAUAUUGCUUUAAAUAUUCAUGCUUUCUCAGCAGGUCUGGGUGGAGCAGUGGGCUACAUGCUGGGAGGUUUAGAUUGGACUAACACAGCUCUGGGGCGAGCAUUUAAAUCACAGGAACAGGUGCUCUUCCUGUUUGCAGGGAUCAUCUUCAUUCUAUCCGUCACACUGCACAUGUUUAGUCUCCCUGAGCGAAGAUUCACACCAUCCAGCCGACUAAAAGCCACAGGAAGUGGGGAGUCCACCAGCCAGUUGUCUCUUAGACCUACUUACCAAUCACCACCUUUACUUGAUGUGGUUGCAGAGGAGGAAGAGUCUUCUCAAGACCUGACCCAAGAGAACCCCCUAUCACAUACUGAGGAAGGGGAAUUGGACUUUCUUCCUGUGGAGCGAGUCAGAAGUAAAAGUGAUUCAGUCUUAGCUAUGCCAGAUGCUACAGUGAAGUUGGAUCCAGACCUCAACCCUGAGGCACAAGUCUUCCUACCAGAGGUUGAUCCCUUUUUACCAGAUACUCCUGGAGAUCUAGAAGAUGAUUUCAAGCCUUCAGAGCAGAGUAUUCAUUUGUUGUCUCCACCUGGUGGACCAGCCACCCUCCCAGUCGUAGAGCCUUUGAAUCCAGUUCUAACCAAGCUGAAGGAAGAAACAAACGGUCAUAAUUCUGGCUCACAUCAGACACAGCAGGUCAAGCAGGCUGCCAAUGGCUGGAAUGCUUGCUUCUUCUCUUCUGCCCAUUGUAAUCCUGCAAAAGGUCAUGUGUACACCAAACCCGGGAACUUCACCUCUGUCACAUCAGCAUGGCCACACAGACACACUUUUUACAGACAACCCUCAUUUACGUUUUCAUACUAUGGACGAGUGGGGUCUCAGCGCUAUCGGCUACGACGGAAUUUUCCAUCAGGCCUUCGGCCACUUACCGCCUCCCGCAGCCUAAAUAAUCUUAGUGACCUUAAGUGGCAUGCAGAGAGGAGGAAGCUGCAGCUUUCAGCUAGAAGUCUGUCAUCUGAGGGCUCCAGCAGUGAUGAAGGCCUAGACAGGGGUACAACAGUUCGCCUGCUCUGGUUAUCUAUGUUUAAGAUGCCCAGUCAGCUCUGGAGAUUGUGCGUGUGUCAUCUUCUCACCUGGUUUUCCAUUAUAUCUGAAGCUGUGUUUUACACUGAUUUCAUGGGUCAAGUGAUUUUUCACGGAGACCCCACGGCCACAAACAAUUCCACUGAGCUUCAGAAUUAUCACAGAGGCGUACAGAUGGGCUGCUGGGGGCUGGUUGUUUAUGCUGCUACUGCUGCUGCCUGCUCGGCAAUCCUUCAGAAGUACCUGGAAAACUUUGAUCUGAGCAUUAGGGUCAUCUACAUCGUUGGAACUCUGGGAUUCUCAAUAGGAACUGCAUUUAUGGCAAUCUUCCCAAAUGUUUAUGUUGCUAUGGUGAUGAUCAGCAGCAUGGGCAUUAUAUCUAUGAGUAUUUCCUAUUGCCCAUAUGCAUUACUUGGACAGUACCAUGAAAUUAAAGAGUACAUCCACCACAGUCCAGGAAACAGUCGAAGAGGUUUUGGAAUUGACUGUGCGAUUUUAACCUGCCAGGUUUAUAUCAGCCAGAUCCUGGUUGCAUCGGCUCUGGGAGCUGUAGUGGAGGCGGUUGGCACCGUACGUGUUAUUCCCUUGGUGGCCUCUGGGGGGUCCUUCCUUGGCUUCCUCACUGCCUGUUUCCUUGUCAUUUACCCUGAUGUGGAGCCAAGCAGCUCAGCGGAGCAGAGCCUGGAGGAUUCAGACCAAAAUGGAGAAAGGACCAGUGACAAGAGACUGGAUAUGCUUAACCUCGCAGACCAAGAUGGUUGAGGAAGACACAUAACAACUCUGUUGCUUUAGCACAACAACAGGAAUAUUGGCUUAGGCUUAUGCUACUCAGGCCCAAGAUAAUGUGGUAAGGAUUAUACAAUUUAUCUAAUUUCCAGAUGUGCCUCUGAAAGAAAGGUCAGGAAACCUGGGUGGGAUGGAUGUGUUAGCACAGAUCUGAAGAAAACACAGUCUUGUUGUGUUAGACCUGUUGCUGUUUCAAACAUAAUACGAGUAAAUGCAGGCCAUUGUACAAAAAGCCAUAUUACAGUCAGUAUUGCAUGGGUAGCACACAGAGCACGUUGUCUGCCUUCUGAACUGUCAGUGAUUCUGCAAAAUGUGCUUUACACACCACACAACACAAAGGAGGCCAUACUCUCAUCUCAUUCCAACAUACACACUAUACAUUUUUUCAUAAUGUAUUUAUAAAAGUGAAAACCAGGGCAUGAUGCUUUUGACAGAUGACCAAUUCUAAUUGCACAGAACUACUUCACGCUGUGAAUUGUAUUUUAAUGAGGUCUUUAGAAUUUAACCUCUACUAGUGGUGGCUUUCAGUGUGACUGUACUGGAGGUUAGAAUGGCGAUUAAUCCCCUCUACUUUGCUACAUUUAUCAUAUACUCUGCAGUUUUUGUCACUGGCAAACAAAUUGUUUUUAUUGUACUUAGCAGGCACAGGCUUGUUUAACUCAGGGUAAACUGUCACUCAGCGACCCAUUUUGCCGAUUCAUAAAAAUCAUAAAAAAGAUUCAUAAAAAUCAUCAAAUCAAACUUUAUUUAUAUACCCCCAAAACACAACACAGUGUUGACCGCGUUGUCAGAAUAAUACAAUAGGUUUAUUAUGAACUUAAAGUUCACAUCACAUAUUAGCUCUUUUGCCUUUGAGAACAGAGGAAAAAAGGGGUUGACAGAAUAAUAUAAAAUAAUGCAAUGUUUAUAUAUAUUUUGAAGGCUUUGGCUGAGUGACUGUAUGUGAUGUGAUCAACUGUGAUUUCAGAAUGCAGCUAGACCUUUUUUAAAAGCACCUUUUAAUAAUACUUUAGUGCCAGUGUGAGUAGGACAGUUGUCAGUGUGUCUGUGGUGUAAUCAACCUCUCACCCAAAUGAUGCCAGCUGGGACAGGCUGCAGCUUCCACACGACCCUCACUGUGUGAAGAUAAAGCCGCUCAAGCGACGCAUGAGUGAAUUUUGUUACUGUAAGUAAUCAAACAAAACAUUAUUGGUUAUAUUUUAGAGUUUAUGUUAAUAAAAAAUUAAAUUUUAGUAGACACCAAGUGGUGGAGCAAAGCAUCUUUGUCUUAAUAAAGAGUAUUUAGUUAUUUUAGUUCAGUUUGCUGAACCCUACAUUUAUCUAAACCAAAUAACCAGUUAUGAGUUAUCUCUCAACUGUGACCAGAAUAAGAGUUUACUGUUGUGCAACAGCUCCCUGAUUGUUUGUUUAUACAGUUGUUAAAACGUUCGGGUUUGAAAAUAAAUCAAGUGAUGGUCGGUUUUAUAAGCUCGUCCCGGACCUUUAUACAAUUAAAUAUUGUAUUUUUGUACAGAUGAUUAAAAAACUAAGGUAAAUACACUUUUAUAUGUAUCUGUGUUUUUAUUAGUCGUCCCGUCAGACACAAGAAGACUUUGUGGUUGCAGGAUUUGAAGGAAGGUGAACACGUUUGUGGCGCACGCUAAGAUAAACAC